CAGGGGCAUUUUCGUCCUCACAUUCCUCUUUCUCUCUCUCUCUCCCCAUUUUCCAUGUUUCUCCUCUCUGGGUCUCUCUCCCUCCUGAUUUGCCUCAGUAUUUCCCCGUUUCCCACUCCCCUCCUGCUCUCCCCUUUCUCUUUUCUCCGCAUUUUCUUGACUUUCCGGCCACCCAUUCGCCGGAAUCUUCCCAUUUCCUUUGAUUCUUUUUUCAGCUCGGCCUAACAGACGUGUGGGUAUCUACUAUCUAGAAUCUAGUCAUUGGUGGAUUUUUUUAUUUUUUUUUACUGCUCCUCACUGUGGGUUUGUUGGUGAUAUAGAUCUUCUUUUUAUGGUUACUGGGGAUUUUCUGGGAUUGAUUUGAGUGUGGGUAUUGGAUAAAGAUUGAAUCUUGGAGCUGAAGGGCAGGUAGUAUGCAGUUAAAGAACAUAUUUUUGUGUCUGGGUAUGCUUAGGGAUCAACAUGCAUGUAAUACUGGAGCUUUAUAGCUUUAUGUACAGUAUGGGGGAUAGCGAGGAGGCGAGGAGGAAAAGCAGAGUUGAAAUGCAGAAUCUUUCUCUGGAUUCCACCGGCGCUGCUUCGAGGGAUUUGUUGCAGAGAUUCAUGGAGGGCGGUGGGGGUGGGGCGGCGGGGAAGAAAGAGGAAGAUGAGAGUGAAAUCGAGUUGAAUCUCGGGUUGUCAUUGGGAGGGAAAUUUGGGGUGGACAGAGCUUCCAAGAGCCUUGUAAGGUCCUCUUCUAUCGCUGCAUGUUUGCCGAGCGUGAGAGACGACGACGCGGCGGCGGCGCCGCCGGUGGCGUAUCCUGCCUUGGUCAGGACGUCUUCCCUGCCGGUGGAGACGGAGGAAGAGUGGAGGAAGCGGAAGGAGUUGCAGACCUUGCGGAGAAUGCAGGCUAAGAGGAGACGGUCGGAGAAGCAGAGAAAUUCCGCCGCCGCCGCCGCCGGAGGCGGCAGCGGCGGCGGCGGCGGCGGCGGCAGCAGUUUGGAAGAUGAAAAGAGGGAAAUUGAGAAGAAUUUCAAAGGGAGAUUGGAGAGAGAACAGUACUUAACCGCCGCGAAAAGGUUCGGUUUAUCGGCGCCGCCGCAGUUUGGGCUCCCUACCUGGGCUGCUGCCGCCAAUCAGGCUGCUUUUGGGAGUGGUAUUGAUAUUGUGAAAGGUCAUUUCAGUCAUUUUAGUAAAGUUCAAGGGCUUGGACAACCUUCUUCCCAAGGGUCAGUUGAAUCUCAAGGGGGAAGCUCUUCAAGCAUGUCUGAAUUGGAAAGUAAAUCUCUUCAAGGUUCUGGUGACGUGAGCCCCGGGAGUUUCCAGUCCACGCAAGACACGGGUAGCAGGGACGUUGGUUCGUCCGGGGUUAAGACGAUGGAUCUAGCAAGCAGGAUGUCCGGGGCCGAGACGGAGGGUACAUCUCAUAAACCCAAUAGUACGAGCGAUCAAGCAAGGGAAAUCGGAACGAAUGCCAUGGAGGAUAUGCCGUGUGUGUUCACCAAGGGCGACGGUCCUAAUGGGAAAAGAAUCGACGGGAUACUAUACAAAUAUGGCAAGGGGCAAGAAGUACGAAUAAUGUGCGUGUGCCAUGGGAGUUUCCUCUCGCCCGCCGAGUUUGUGAAGCAUGCAGGAGGCAGCGACGUCGCUCACCCCCUCAAACAUAUCGUCAUCAAACCCAACUCCGCACCCUUCCUGUAAUAAACGCUACGCUACGCCCCCGUGUCCGGGAGACAAAACAUCACCACAUAGGACAGACAUCCUAGAGAAGGAGAAAGAAGAGUUUGUUUUCUUAUUUUUCAUUCUUUUGAACACAUAUGUUAUAUGUAACUACAAAUGGUCAUGUUGAAAUGUUAUGUCACAGAAGAAUAUUUUGUGCAUA